AUGCGGAAUAGCUACCUCUUCCGCAAUCAACGGCUCCAUUCCUCCAUGGUAGUCGAAACAGCUUUGACGGAGACGAGGCUUUACCAGAUCACCUCUACCUCCCCUUACUCUGCGCGGCAACGUGCGCUCAACCUGAACCCUGAUCAGCUCUGGAGACCGCCUGAUCUAGGUACAUUAAAAUGUAACGUUGAUGCUUCAUAUCAACCAGAGAGCACAGAAGGGGCGCUGGCUGCGGUUUUUAGAGAUCAUCAGGGAAGACUUACCGAGAUCUACACCAAACGUUUUCCCGUUGCUUCAGCACUGGUAGCGGAGUUCCAAGCCCUCUCCUUCGCGAUCCAGCACUUGAUAGCACAAGGCUUACAGCACGCUAGGGUUGUGAUUGAAUCGGACUGUAGAUCAGUGGUGGAUGCCAUCACAGGAAGGAGAUCUGCGCCAUGGGAGCUUCGUCCCCUGCUUGCGGAGGCUGCUGAACUGCUGCCAUUGUUCCCUAAUCUUACGAUUCAGUGGUGUCCCCGGGAAGCCAAUGGAGUUGCAGACUGGGCUGCAAAGGCCCAGCGAGAUUCAACUUUGGCCCACAAUUGGAAUAUCUUCCCUCCUCUUAUUUUGAUGAAUCUAAUAUAUGUCGACGCCCUUCUGGCCGGUUGUAAAAUGAUGUUUCUAUGA